GAGUGUCGAAGACGCACUCCAGCAUGCACUCCAGGCACCACACCACCCCUUGAGCGCCUUGAGCCAACGUUUCCUCUGAGCGUAGUAACCCCAAUAGAGUACGGCUCUGACCCCAAUGAAUGCGGGCUACUCCGGCGGGUCGUGUCACUUGACAACACAAACUGAAGAAUGCUGGACGCGGGUAGGUUUUAGAAGGCCAAGGUACAAAAUCGUUACCCUGGAGUAAGAUCGAGUAAAUUUUGGAACACGGCCUUAGUGGCACUAGUCAACUCUGGCGCCCCUGGCGCUGAUCACGGCUCUGGAAACCGGCGCUCAUUGCAUCCAUCCAUCCAUCUGUAAACAUAGAUUCCGGCCAGCGUUGAUUCCGGCAACCAAAAAAGGUGAAAACUCGGCGAAUUGUCAUGUGAGCAACUAUGGAAUUCCGCCAUUUCCGGCUCCUGUGCCGCCGAGCAGCUCGAGUAGCCGCUGAAGACACCGAAGAAAAUUCCGUAAACGCGUUUCCGUGCGAAGCAGGAGUCAGCCCCCCGAUCAGCCGUCCGUGACAGCAUGCCGCCCAAGAAAAAGGAGGAUGAGUGCGAACGCCCGGUGCUCAUCGGCAGAGUGGGCACCAACCUAAAGGUGGGGAUAGUGGGGCUGCCCAACGUGGGCAAGUCGACCUUCUUCAACGUGUUGACAGCCAACCAGGUGCCGGCCGAGAACUUUCCUUUCUGCACCAUCGACCCGAACGAAAGCCGCGUGUCCGUACCGGACAGUCGGUUCGACUACCUGUGCGACUACUUCAAGCCGGUCAGCAAGGUGCCGGCUUUCCUGAACGUCGUGGACAUCGCCGGCCUGGUCAAAGGGGCCAGCGAGGGCCAGGGUCUGGGCAACGCGUUCCUCUCGCACAUCCGCGCCUGCGACGCGCUCUUCCACUUGUGCCGCACUUUUGAAGACGAAGACGUGACGCACGUCGAGGGCGACGUGAACCCGGUCCGCGACAUGGACAUCAUCAAUGAGGAGCUGCGCAAGAAGGACGAGGAGUACCUCCUGGCCAUCGUGGACAAGAUGGAACGCACCGUGCUCCGGGGCUCGGACAAAAAGGCCAAGCCCGAGUACGACGUCCUCGUCAAGAUACGCGGCGUGCUGUGCGACGACAAGAAGCACCUGCGCUUCUGCGAUUGGAAUGCAAACGAGGUGGAGGUCCUCAACAAGCACUUGUUUAUCACUGCCAAGCCCAUGAUCUACCUGGUGAACCUGGCCGAGAAGGACUUCAUCCGCAAGAAGAACAAGUGGCUCAUCAAGAUCAAGGAGUGGGUGGACAAGAACGAUCCCGGCGCGGCCGUGAUCCCCUUCAGCGGUGCCUUCGAGCACAAGCUUAUCGACAUGACGCCAGAGCAGAAGGCGGCCUACGAAGACGAGCACAAGUGCACCUCAGUCCUGGACAAGAUCAUCGUCACCGGUUACAAGGCACUACAGCUCAUGUACUUCUUCACGGCGGGCAAGGAUGAGGUCAAGGCGUGGACCAUCCAGAAGCACACCAAGGCUCCGCAGGCGGCAGGCAAAAUCCACACGGACUUUGAGAAAGGCUUCAUCAUGGCCGAGGUGAUGAAGUUCGACGAUUUCAAGGAGGAGGGCUCGGAGGCGGCCGUCAAGGCAUCCGGGAAAUACCGGCAGCAGGGUCGCAACUAUGUCGUUGAGGACGGAGACAUCAUCUUUUUCAAGUUCAACGCUGGGGCGGGCCUACAAGCCAAGAAGAAGUAGGGCUGCACUCCCGGGCCGACUGACUCUGGGUGUUCUGGGAGUGCACCUGUCCAAUAACGGCGAGAGAAGCAAAAUGUGGGAAGCAUGGCCAUCCAGCAACCUUUUUUUUCUAAAAAAUGCAGCCGCA